AGGGUUCUUACUUGUGGCGGCAAAAGAGAGAAUGGGGAGGCCGCGGCGCGAGGUGAGAACAGCGAUUGUGGAGCGGGAGAGUAGCAGCAGCGAUGAGAGCUCCGACGAGGAUGUAGACGAUCUUGCGGCGGAGGAGGAGGAGGAGAAAGAUGAAGAAGAAGAGAUUGGGGAAGAGGAGGAGGAGGAAACCAAGGAGCAUUCGGCUGUGGAGGGAAAGAAGGGUAGAAAGAAGAUUACAAUCAGUUUGAAAGCAGCAAAGCUUUGCAAGGUUUGCAAAGGGAAAGAUCAUCAAGCUGGCUUUGUUGGGUCAGUUUACUUGGAUUGUCCAAACAGGCCGUGCUAUCUCUGCAAACGACCUGGCCAUACUACCGCAACUUGUCCCCAUCGUUUGGCCAGUGAGCAUGGUGUCACCCCCGGAAUUCGCAAGACAUCUGUAGGAGUGGCAGAUUUUAUCUAUGAGCGUCAGCUGGGAAGGCACAGAUCCAUGGUAAGGCCCAGGCUUCCAAUUCCCAAUAAAGUCGAAUGCGGCAUCCUCAAGCUACAUAGUCGUCGAGUAACCUGUCUCGAGUUUCAUCCAACCAACGAUAAGCUUGUCAUAUCCGGAGACAAGAAAGGCCAAGUUGGGAUUUGGGACUACCUCAAAGUCUACGACAAAACGGUCUACGAGACAGUACACAGCUGCAUUGUCAACAGCAUGAAGUUUAUUCCAAACUCGGAUGAAACCAUCUGUUCUUCGGGCUCUGAUGGGCACCUGUGCCUCACAGACUUGGAAACCGGUUUGACACAAAGCUUGAUAAACCUCAAUCCGGGGGGAUGGCAAGGACCUUCAACCUUCAAAAUGAUUUAUGGAAUGGAUUUAAAUCUCACCAGAAACUUGGCUUUGGCAGCCGACAAUUUUGGAUACUUGUACAGACUAGACUUAAGAACUAAGAAGACUCAUGACAAGCCUCUGUUGAUCCAUAAGAAAGGCACAAAAGUCGUUGGACUCCACACUAAUCCAAUCGACCAAGACAUAUUUAUCACAUCUGGCAACGAUCACAUGGCUCGAAUUUGGGACUUGAGAAUGCUUGACAGUCGCAAUCAUCUCGCGGAGCUCUCUCAUCCAAGAGUCGUGAGCUCCGCCUACUUCUCGCCUAGAACAGGAAACAAGAUUAUGACCACUUGCCAAGACAACAGGAUUCGCAUUUGGGACUGUAUUUUCUCCAACUUGGGAACUCCAAGCAGGGAGAUUGUUCACAGCCACGACUUCAACAGAUAUCUCACUUGUUUCCGAGCAGAAUGGGAUCCAAAGGAUCCCACGGAAUGCCUGGCUGUGAUCGGUCGAUACAUCAGCGACGACUUCAAUGGCGUUGCGUUGCAUCCGAUCGAUUUCAUCGACGUGAGCACUGGACAGAUAGUUGCCAAGGCCAUUGAUCGGAGCAUCACGACGAUAAGUCCCGUAAACAAGCUCCAUCCUCGCCUUGAUAUCCUGGCCUCUGGAAGCUCACGGUCGAUCUUCAUCUGGUCGCCCGAGGACGAGGACGAGGAGCAGCCCGAGGUGAAGAUAGCGAUUCCGCCGAGGAUCUACACAUUUCUGGGGAAUGGGAGCUUGAAGAGAAAAGGUGAUGGUGAUAAUGGAGAUUGUGAUGAUGAAGACGAGCUAGACGAGUGUGCCGGAGCCAAAAAAAAGAACGAAAAGAAGCAAAAAUCCAAGAAGAAAAUGUGAUAGAGUGAGGUGGUGGAAAGGUUUGUAAAAGUUAUACAUAUCAUUAGUCUGAAUCAUGUAAUAAUCCAAAAGAUUAGUCAGCUUGUUACAGCUA